CCGAUCGCGUUGGUUGUCGAGUCCGAAAUGAGGACCAAGGAGGUCGCCGCGCAGUUGGAGAAGCUGCCGGAACGCUCUCAUGAUGCCGAGAUCCAUUACGUUUACUAUCGCGUUUACUUAUCAGGUGGAAAAGGAGAUGAAAAGGCAAAAACGUCCUUUGACAAGAGUGAUAUUUCGUUAGGACGCAUCAACACCCUCUUCAUCGCUCCCCCUCACACCGCUGGAUCUUUGAAAGCAUGCAUCGCAAAAGUUGAAGGCCUUCGAGUCACGCAGGGUCAUGCGCUCUACAAGGAUAAGGAUAUACUAAUGAGCGACACCGACGUCAUAACCUUCCAAGAUAAAACUUAUCCAGGUAGUGAUAAAGGCAAUCCCGUUGCCCUUGCGACCGAUUCAAAAUUCACGAAACGCGCUCAGUUAACGUCGACUUACACCUUUUCCACCGCAGACUACAAAGUAUUAUUUUCUCCCACCUGGCUAUCAACAAAUAAAAAUGAGAUCGUUCACACGGACGGAGUUAUCGUCACUGAUGUAUACAUGGUGAUUGAUUCGAAGGGUCGAAAAGGAUUUGUACACAAGGAGCGUGUGUCUGCUUUCGGGAUGGGAAUUGUCGGAACUCAAGUGGGCUGA